CACUGUUUCAUUUCAGUCACGUACUUAUCUGUAGAUGAAAUUGUGAGAGAAUUGCUUUUGACUGACCGUCCUUGUGAGCAGUGCCCAUCGAGAGCAGCAACAUGACAAGCUACAAUGACAAAGGAGAAAAGCCAGAAAGAGGCAAAUUUGUCCGGUUCCACCAUUUGACAUUCUGGGUGGGCAAUGCUAAACAGGCGGCAGCCUUCUACUGCGAUAAGAUGGGCUUCGAGCCUUUGGCCUAUAAAGGCUUGGAGACGGGAAACAGAGAGAAGGUGUCCCAUGUCAUCAAACAGGACAAGAUUCUAUUUGAAUUUGUGUCUCCUCUGAAUCCUGGAAAUGAAGAGAUGGGCAAGUACUGCAUAAAACAUGGAGAUGCUGUUAAGGACAUCGCAUUCCAAGUAGAAGACUGUGACUUUUUAGUCAAGAAAGCCAAAGAGAGAGGAGCAGUGAUUGUUAAAGAACCAUGGGUCGAACAGGACAACUUUGGGAAAAUUAAAUAUGCAGUGAUACAAACGUAUGGAGAUACCACUCACACGUUUGUGGAGUAUCUGACUCCUUACAAAGGCCUGUUUCUCCCUGGAUACCAUGAACCUCUCUUUAGGGACCCACUGCUCCCCAAACUGCCUUCAGGCGGCCUGAGCUUCAUUGACCACAUUGUUGGAAACCAGCCAGAUGAUCAAAUGGUGCCAAUCUCAGACUGGUACCAGAAAUGUCUAAUGUUCCACCGGUUCUGGUCCAUAGAUGAUAAACAGAUCCAUACACAAUACAGCUCUCUCAGGUCUAUUGUCGUGACCAACUAUGAGGAGACCAUCAAAAUGCCCAUCAAUGAGCCAGCACCUGGGAAGAAGAAAUCACAGAUCCAGGAGUAUGUGGAUUACAAUGGAGGACCUGGAGUUCAGCAUAUUGCCCUUAACACUUCAAACAUCAUCCAAUCAAUUGUGAACCUGAAAGCCCGGGGCAUGGAGUUCCUGUCCACUCCAGACAGUUAUUACGACACGCUGCGUGAGAAACUCAAGACGGCCAAGAUCAAAGUGAAGGAGGACCUGAAGACCCUGCAGGAGCUUAAGAUCUUGGUAGACUUUGAUGAUAAGGGUUACCUGCUUCAGAUCUUCACUAAACCUGUGCAGGACAGACCCACUCUGUUCCUAGAGGUCAUCCAGAGACACAACCACUUUGGCUUUGGCGCUGGCAACUUCAAAUCACUGUUCGAGGCCAUUGAGAAAGACCAGGAUGCCAGAGGAAACCUCACUGUUCUUACUGCUGAUGGCAAUCCCAAGAUUUUUAAUUAACUCCCAUAAGAUGUCUGAUGCAAACAAGUCAUGCAUAAAUGAACACAUUACUUAAUAUUGCAUCAAAUGCAUUGAAAAAGAAUCUGAGGAAGCCACCAGUUCACACACUUUAACCUCACAAAGUUUUUUGCACUUGCAGUCAAACAACUGUAAGAUCUUAUCAAUAAAACAAUAAAAUUAAAAA